ACCUUAUAUUUUUAUUCAUCGAUUUCUUUCAGACAAUCUGUAAGUACCUGUCGCCAAUUGCGUAACUGAAUAAAUUCUCAUGGUCUUGCUGCGAUCUUAAACAGCACUCACAUGGUCCCGCGUUCCGCAGGCUCGUCUCCCCAGACAACAGCAGAACCAACAGGGUCAGGAACGUUCUUCUCGCCUGUGUCGCGAUCGCCUUGGGCGGAUUCAUGGUGCUGGCCCUGACUGGCAUCAGGAACACGGAAAAGAUAGGCCAGCAGUCUCUGGACCAGAACACCGACCUCGGCGUCGACACGACGGAGAGGAUAGACGCGUUCUGGUCACGCGGACUCGGCCGCAAACGGCGUCUCGACGGCUCGGCUGGCGACGGAGGCGAAAAGGCCACACUGACGGCGAAGGCGACGGCCAAGCUGCCCGGGCCUUACGCUCUGUAUGAGGACGAAGACGCGGUAGCCCCAGUGACCGACUUCGCCAGCACCGAGGUCGUCGCGACCACCACCGCCAACACAACCGCGAGCACAGCAGAGGCUAUCGCCACAAUCACUGCCGAUGAUCGCACAACUGAUGUCGAGGGUGGAACGGUUCUAGUUGAACAGCGAAAGAGGAAGCGCCUGGAGCCGAUGCCGCUGAUGUGCGUGUUCGGCGGGAACGAGCGGUCGCGGUCGCCGCUGCCCGAGGACGGGCUGUGCGACCUCGCGUACUUCGACUCCUUCUACCGAUCUGGCCUUCUCGACACGUUCGCGCGUCGGAGGCACAGUGCCGCCUUCGAGCGCUUCGUCACGGCCGCUGCCAAGUACCGCCUCACCGAGGUUGGCGUCGCCGUCGCCUCCGAGGGGAACAGCAAGGCGCAAGAGGAACUGAGCUCGUCCAAGACGUGGGCCAGUCUGCGCAAGCUGUGGAACAGCGGCAUCGUUCACUUCGGCGUGCUCGACUUCGAGGUCGCCGAAGACACCACGCCGGAGCACGUGGACCACAUCUUCGACCUCUUGUUCCUUCUCAAGGAAGCGCAACUCCGUAUGACAACACGGAAGUUCGACCAAUGGCCGUACUUGGCGCUGGGUAUAAUAUUCCUAGAACGAAGCGACAACGAGCUCUUCCGUGCCUUCAUUCACCACGUCGGCCUGACGCGGGUGCAGUUGCUGGUGCUUCGCACCCACCUGUCCGGGCGCGAUGACACCAUCCCCGGGUGCACCAUCACGGGAUCCAGCAUGUGGGGAGAGCCGCUCGCCCGAUACCACCCGAACAUCAUGGAGACGCUGGAAUUCCUGCGCAUCCAGAACUCUUCACUGGAGGCGUCCGCCAUAAUGAUAUCCAUGUCCGUGGCCGCACGCUUCUAUGCGCCCCUGGACUCCUUUGAUCCGGGAUCCAAGUGCAUCGCGCUGGAAGACGGCGAGCGGCGCCUGGGCAUCGGCAGCUUUGCCGAGCUGUACUACCCAGAUGAGCUUGUCAUCGACACCCUUCAGUGUUCACAAAAGGCACCGCACCUUCAGUGA